AUGAAAUCCCUGAGGUCCUAUUCUCCAUGCUCUUGCCAGGAUCUGGAUCACUUCCAGUAUAGAAAACCUAUAAUGGAAGAAAUUAGUCAAGGCUCACUGGAUGACAUUUCUCAAACUAAGGAAAUUCUGAGAUUGGAACAGGCAAAAAAGAAUCUUGACAACCUGAAUCUGGGUCUUGAAAAGGAUAUGCUGAACCUAGAUGAGGCAAACCAGGACCUUCUUGUGCAAAUCAGAGAGAAAGAACUACAGAUUCAAAGUCUAGAAAAAGAGAUCACCAAGUCAAUAGGCCUAGUCGGGGAAAGAGAUGAAUUUAACCGCACAGCAUAUGAGAAGGAGGAAGCACUGAAAAGCCUGGAAUUGGAGACUGCAAAAUUGGAAAAGAGUAAUGAGAUACUGGCUAAGAAUGUGAAUGAGCUACGGAUGAAGCUUUCCAGGAAACUACGAGAGAAUUCAAAAGAAGUUGAAAAAGAAGACCUAAAACAGAUGUUGGAAGAAUCAAAGGUGAAAUUACAAAAGAUCAUAGCCUCCUAUGCAGAACAGGAAAAAGAACUGGCUAAGGUAAUAUCUGAAUACCAAUCUGUGGACCAACUCUGUAAAGAUCAGGCUUACUACAUAAAGAAAUACCAGGAAAUUCUGAGGCUGAUGGAAAAGGAUAGAGAGAUACUGCUCCUUGAAACAGAAGUAACCAAAGCCCAGAACAUACACAAUCAAUCUGAUUUGAUUCUGGAGGAGAACUUGUUUAAAAAAGGGCAAAGACAUUUUUGGCUCAGGAUUGCCCAGUUUGUCUUCUUGAUGGUUGUAUUUCUCACCAGGAUGCUGAGUUUCGGGAUUUUGUAUCUUCAUUUUGUAAAUCCAAAUUUUGUCCUGGACAAUCUGCUCAAGAUGAUGGAUAGAAACACUUUAUGGAGACUGAGGAACUUCCUACUUCCAUCUCUCAAUCUCCACAUAGAGGACAUUUUGCCACACUAG